CUCCUGGUCCUGCUGGAAGACCUGGCCUCCCGGGGGACAAAGGUGCCAUUGGGAUGCCUGGACGUGUGGGAGGAAAGGGCCAACCAGGUGAGAAGGGGGCCCCAGGAGAUGCCGGGAUGUCCAUCAUCGGUCCCCGUGGCCCCCCAGGCCAGCCGGGCACUCGAGGUUUUCCUGGAUUUCCGGGUCCCAUUGGGCUUGACGGCAAACCGGGCCACCCCGGACCAAAGGGGGAGAUGGGCCUGGCGGGUCCCCCAGGACAGCCGGGACCUCAAGGACAAAAAGGAGAAAAGGGUCAGUGUGGAGAGUACCCACAUCGGCUGCUGCCUCUCCUCAAUUCAGUGCGGCUGGCUCCACCCCCAGUCAUUAAAAGGCGGACCUUCCAGGGUGAACAGGGCCAGGCUGGCAUUCAAGGCCCACCAGGGCCACCAGGCCCUCCUGGACCGAGUGGACCUCUGGGGCACCCAGGACUGCCAGGGCCUAUGGGGCCACCUGGCUUACCUGGGCCUCCUGGACUGAAGGGAGACCCAGGGAUCCAGGGCUACCACGGCCGGAAGGGAGAACGGGGCAUGCCAGGGAUGCCGGGCAAACAGGGCGCAAAGGGGGCUCCUGGAAUCGCUGUGGCUGGGAUGAAGGGCGAGCCGGGGACCCCAGGAGCCAAGGGAGACCCAGGAGCGACAGGGAAGCCGGGGCCCCCAGGUUUGCCGGGAAAGAGGGGGCAGAGGGGUGAGAAGGGGGCUGCCGGUCCCCCUGGGCUUCUCGGCCUCCUGGGGCAGAAGGGAGAAAAAGGUGAUGCUGGCAACUCCAUUGGAGGAGGCCGAGGGGAGCCCGGUCCCCCAGGGCUCCCUGGGCCCCCAGGGCCAAAGGGGGAUGCUGGAGCUGAUGGCCACGCCGGCCCCCCAGGACGGCAAGGAGACAAGGGGGAGCCCGGAGCAGCUGGAGAACAAGGACCUGCUGGCCCCAAGGGCUCCAAGGGUGAACCGGGGAAGGGAGAGAUGGUGGACUACAACGGAAACAUCAACGAGGCUCUCCAGGAGAUCCGGACGCUGGCCUUGAUGGGACCCCCUGGUCUUCCCGGGCAAAUUGGCCCACCUGGAGCUCCAGGGAUUCCAGGACAGAAGGGGGAGAUUGGACUGCCAGGCCCUCCAGGACAUGAUGGGGAAAAGGGACCUCGAGGCAAACCAGGAGAUGUGGGCCCUCCUGGUCCCCAGGGCCCCCCAGGAAAGGCUGGGCCUGCAGGAAUGAAGGGAGAAGACGGACCCACAGGGAGCCCAGGAGAGAAGGGGGAGAAAGGGGAGACGGGGCAGCCAGGCCCACCGGGUCUAGACGGCCCAACUGGGGAGAAAGGAGAACCAGGUGGCCAAGGGAGACCUGGAGCGACCGGAUUGCCUGGCCCAAUCGGGCUCCCAGGAUUUACAGGAGAGAAAGGAGAACCCGGGGAGAAAGGUGACCCAGGAGUGGAGGUUCCUGGGCCACCAGGACCAGAGGGGCCUCCCGGACCUCCGGGGCUCCAAGGCAUUCCUGGACCAAAGGGUGAAGCAGGACUAGAUGGAGCAAAAGGAGAAAAGGGUGUCCAGGGAGAAAAAGGAGACCGAGGUCCUUUGGGAUUACCCGGAGCUUCAGGUUUGGACGGCAGGCCUGGGCCACCGGGUACUCCAGGACCAAUUGGAGUUCCAGGCCCAGCGGGACCAAAGGGAGAGAGGGGCAGCAAAGGCGACCCCGGGAUGACAGGACCAACGGGAGCAGCUGGGCUUCCUGGUUUGCACGGACCACCCGGGGAUAAAGGCAACCGGGGACAUCGAGGUUUUAAAGGAGAGAAAGGGGAGCCGGGGUUACCAGGGCUGGACGGACUGGAUGCCCCGUGCCCAUUGGGUGAAGACGGCUUACCAGUCCAGGGCUGCUGGAACAAGUGAUUCCUCUAACCUGGGAUUGGCCUGUGUGUGUGUUUGUACAUAGAAUAUUUAUUUUUAUACAGUUUUCACUUUUUGAAAAUGCCAGAAGUAUGAUACAUCUUACAGAUUAUUAAAAAAAAAAAGGAAAACCUGCAUAUUUUGUACAGAAAUUACCAACCUCUUCCCUUUUGUUUACAAGAUGUUUUGUAUAAGUCUACGACUCUAAUACACUUUUCGUUUGUGAGUAUGGUCGUACGUUUGCAUGAUAUUUGUGCACACUUAUUAAGUACUGAAGCUUAAUAAAUUAUUCUGUUCUGGUGCCAAAGAGGGCCAUCCAGCACUCAGGUGCUGGCUAGUUUAUGUGUGAAUUCACAGAAAUGUGGAGGUCCGAGGUGUUUGCUAAACUAGGUGUGUCUAAGAAUUUCUUAAACUCUUACGGAUUUUCAUUAUUUAAAAAAAUGAAAC